UCAACUCAACACUAAACCGUUAAAGAUGACAAUUUAUACUUAGAGUGAACAAAGUUUUUUCUGUUAUCACUUUUUAAAUGAUUAAUUUGUGAGAAAAAAAAUCGUUACAAUUACAAUUCAGUUAAUCUAACUACUGACUUUAAAUCAGUCAAUUUUCACCAUUAACUCAAUGAAAAUGUUCAACAAUCAAUAAAAAAAUAAGUUAAAUCCAUUACAAUGUCACCGAUAAUCAAAGUUGAAUUGUUCAAUGUUUUCAAUAAUAAACAAUCAAAUUGAUUUGAUUAAUUGUUUCUGCGUCAUUGUUACUCACGUUUGGAUACAAUCAAUAGAUAUUUGUGCUCAUUUAAUUGGUUAAUUGUGUGACCAACUUUUAAUUGUGAGCUUCAUUGUUAUUCAUUGACAUCAUUUAAUUUAGAAACAAUUUACAAUCAAUAAAAGUUAAGCAUUUUCCAAUCGGAUUAAAGUAAACCCUGUGAUUGUGAAAUGGAUGAAAUGUUAAUAUAAUGGAAUAAAUAUUCAAUUCAAUCAACAAUUAAACUAAUCAGCAGUAAGUCAAGGGGUAUAAGUCAUCAUGAGAGUUGAACCUUGGGUUGAAUUUUAUUUUUAUGGUGUUUUAUUAACAUCAAUGUGCCUGUUUGGUAUAUCGGCUAAUACAGUGACACUUUUCAUCUUGAAUGCUUUCAAUGAGAUGAGACGUCAACCCAUCAACGUUUAUUUGACUGUACUCGCAAUCUACGACAAUGGAGUAUUGAUUAACGCUCUUCUCAUGCUCGGAAUACCAGCAUUGGUGACAAACACCAAACAGAAUCCAAGUGAUUAUCUUCCAUCCAUGGUGUUCCCAUCAAUCGAUUCGUUAUCUUUUCCAGUGAGUGGCCCACCGGAAACAGUAUCAGAUUCUUCAUCUGUACAUAUGAUUAAAACAUCGCCUUCAUCAUCAUCAUCAUCAUCUUUUUAUACCUCAUCGUUAUUACCUUUAUCAUCUUCUACACCUUUGUCUUCCUCUUCAUCAUCUCGAUACCUUGUUGAAUCGAAAAGUUUUUUCAAAAAUGAUGAUAAUCAUCCAUUGAUUGUUGAUGAUUCAGUUAACUCAAUUAAAAGUAACAAUGGUGAUAUAAAUCUCAAUGGUUCUUAUGAUUAUCCUAAUACUUUUGGAGCAAUCAUUGACUCUCAUUUUAAUUUAUCCACCUCAACGAUAGCCAACAGAUCAAUUUUAAAUCUAAUUAGACCAACAUCUUGGUUACCAAAUGGUUUAAUUGACUCUAAUUCAGUAGCAUCAUCACCAUUACCGUUAUCGAUAAUUGAUUCUUUGAGUGAUUAUUAUCAUCCAGAUAAUCUUGCAUCGUCAUCUUUAUCUGGUGAGAAUCAUCAGCAUCAACAUCAAUAUUAUCCAACAAUAUCAUCACUCUCAGUUUCAAGUGAAAACCCAGAUCAAUAUUUCCCAAUUCACCCUGCACCCAAUCAAUACACCGAAGUACCCGAUGAUCCACUUCCCUAUUAUGUGACCAUCGUUUAUCCAAUGGCUUUGAUUGCCCAAACAGGAUCAAUAUGGACAACAUGUUUGAUCACCGCUGAAAGAUACUUUGCCGUGUGUCACCCUUUUCGUAUACGAACAUUUUCCAAUCGAAAUCGAGCCAUUUGGGCGGUAAUUUUUCUCUCAGUUGGAGCUUUUCUGUACAAUAUUCCUCGAUUCUUAGAAAUAGAAGUUUUCACAACCCCUGAGGGCAGUCAAUCAGUUCGUAAAACUGCACUUCGACAAAAUCGUCUCUAUUAUUGGUUAUAUUAUAUCUGUCUUAAUCUCGCUCUUCUCUACAUUAUCCCACUCUCCCUGUUAACCGCUCUUAACACCGAGAUAUACAAAGCCAUUCGUAGAGCCUCACGAAAUCGAGCCACCCUGACAAACCAAGAGGAAACGGAACUAAACAUCGCCUCUAUGUUGGUACUUUUAGUGUCCAUUUUUAUAGCCUGUAAUGCACCCGCUUUCGUUGUCAAUUGUAUGGAGUUUUUUAAUGCCCCAGGAUACGAAUUGGCGGUAAUUUUCAGUAAUCUACUUGUUUGCCUCAAUUCAUCAAUCAAUUUCGUCAUCUAUUGUAUAUUUGGUAAAAAGUUUCGCAAAAAAUUGGGUCAAGUUUUUCAUUGCUCAAAAAUGGCUCAAUCAGAUAGACUGACCAACACCAAUACCUGUCAGGCAAGAUUAAAUAACAAUAUGAAUCUUAAUUCAGUUGCUAUCACCAAUGUAAACAAUAAUACAAUUAAUAUUAAUAAUAACAAUUUAAACCUAACCACUGACAAUACAAAUAAUAACAAUAAUAACAAUAUCGAUACCAAUUCAAUGCACUCAAUUAACGAAACUUAUGUUUGAUUUUUGAACAAAAUUAGAAUCAAAUUUAAAACAAUAACAGAAUUAUUAUUCUAUUGGUAAUUAUGUUUCAAGUUAAUCAAUUUAAAUUGUAUCAUUAAAAUGUAUUAUCAAAGGAAACGAUUCCAAUCGUAAUGAUUAAUUAAAAGUUUUUAAUUGUAACACAAAAUUG